AUGAGAGAAUUGGGCUUAUGCUUACUGAUUAGCAUUGUCAUUGGAACUGCAGGUAAGUUGCUGCAGUAUAUUUUGUGACAGUAUAAGACCUCGGCGAUCUCGCGUUGCUAAAACGAAAGGCAUUUUGCUGCGACGCAAUGCAUUCGGAGGCAAUAAUUCUCGAUGCAACAAGGUCCUUGACUAUCCGUCUGCCGGGAAAAUAAUGUGGAUGUGUCGCGCAUUGGAAUUGCCCAUCAUCGCUUUGCAACCGCCAGCCGCGGCUGGAUAUUUAGGCUAAACAUCAUGCCCCGAGAAAUCCAUAUUAUUUUCCCAACAGACUGAUGUCGAAAGGCCCGACAACCCAGUAACGAGACGAGACGAUAGCUCAAGAGUCAAGUGAUUUAUUCAGUGGAAAGGAGGCCUUUUAUAGGGAAGCCCCACGUAGGAAAGUGCAAUCAAAUUUGAAUAAAUGCAGAUCGUUCCUCGUGGGAAAAUCCUCGAAGCUCGGUCGUUCCGCCUCACAACUGAUACAGGGACCCGAUCCAAUGGCAAAAAACGUCUCCUUUUGCAUCCCGGAAGGGAUCAAAAUGACUCCAAACCCUUCCCUUCUCUAAGCCAAAAAACUCCGUUUUGAAAAGCGCGCCCUUUCCUUCAAGGCGGGCUCUUCAAAACGGGGUUUUUUAGCUUAUGUUAGAGAAGAGAAGGGUUUGGAGACAUUUCGGUCCCUUCCGGGUUGCAAAAAGAGACGUUUUUUGCUAUUGGAUCCGGUCCCUCACUGUAUCAAGACUUUUUUUCUCGGGUAUUUUACUACAUGCACAACUUUAGUGGCACAGGACUUGGAUCUGUUAGGAGGUGAGUUGGUAGCGGACACACCUGCAACCAAGCCCACCACCCCUACCACACACACGACUCCAACCACCCCUACAACCCCAACCACUCCCACCACUCCAACCACGCCAACAACCCCAUCACGUAAGUGAAACAACUGCCAUGUUUUCAAAACUGUAUGUUAGAUAUGUGCGUUGAUGGAGCCUUGAACUGCGCCCAGUUCAAAAGUCAAUGUGGAGCGGCUAAAAUGAAGCACUACUGCAAGCAAACAUGUGGCGCCUGUUCGUCCACAACUCCGUCUGCUUGCGUCGACGGUGCUACUAACUGUGCAAAGUUUUCGCAGCAAUGCAGCAAGCCAGCAUUUGCAAAAAUUUGCAAAAAGACGUGUGCAAAAUGUUAA